AUGAUUGCGUUUUUCAUCUACUUGUUUGACGCAUUCUUUUCGCCGGGAGAAGGACCGGUCCCGUUUACCUAUUCUGCAGAGGUUUUCCCGCAUUCCCACCGUGAAGUAGGAAUGGCAUGGACCGUCGCAACGAACAAUUUCUGGGCAUCAGUCUUGUCGUUGACAUUUUCCUACAUGCUUCGAGCACUGACUCCGCAGGGCGCCUUCGGCUUCUAUACCUGCCUGAAUCUUGUCGUUUUUGUUUUGAUCUUCCUUUUCAUGCCCGAGACAAUGCAGCGUUCCCUUGAAGAACUGGACUAUGUGUUUGGCGUUCCAACCCGAACUCACGCAAAGUACCAACUUACUCAAGUUCUCCCCUGGUGGAUCAAACGCUACGUCUUUAUGCGCAAGGGUGCAGUCUGUCCUGAACUGUAUCGGGUUGCCCAAGAUCCCGUUUCAGUGCCCCCGGAAAGAGUCUCAAAGGCAGCUGAUAAGGAGUGUCACGCAGAGUAUGUUUAUGCAGAUCAAUCUGCUUUUCACAUGUUAUAA